AGGAGAUCCAAGUUCUCAAUGGCCCAACGAAGGAGGCUAGGAAGAACCCAAAAUGCCCAAACUCCUCGCCCGAAAUCUGCCGCUAAUUCCAUCACCACUUGGGAUUUAAUCACAAGAAGCUGCCAAAUAUCUGCCUCGUUGAGUCUCUCUUCAAUGUCAUCUCUCGAGACCAUCUCUAUCAAGCUAUCUUUUCUCUUGAUUUAUUAGCUGAAAACGGCCUUUGCUUGCACUCAAAAACCUAGCCUUUCUCUUGCAACAAUGUACCAAAACAGAUUCUUUGAGAUUGGGAAAAUGGGUCCACUUACAUUUGGAGUUAACUGGGCGCAAAGUGCCCGAUACGUUUUUAUAAAAUCCCUUGAUCAACAUGUGUCUCAAUUGCAGAAGCGAUGUUGGCGCAUUUAAGGUGUUUUGUAAAAUGUCUUCUAGAAAUUUGUAUAGUUAUAAUGGUAUGCUUUCUGGGUAUGCUAAAUUGGGCCAAAUGAAGGCCGCCAAGAAGUUGUUUGAUAAAAUGGUUGAGAGAGAUGUGAUUUCCUGGAAUACGAUGAUUAUAGGAUAUGCACGUAGUGAGAAUGUUGGUGAGAGCGUAAGGCUCUUCAAAGAGCUGAGGAGGUUAUGUAUUGGAUACAAUGAGUUUAGUUUUGCUGGUGUUUUGACUGUGUGUGUAAAGAUGGAGGAGCUGAAACUUACUAAGCAAGUUCAUGGGCAGGUUUUGGUUGCUGGGUUUUUAUCAAAUUUGGUGAUCUCGAGUUCUGUUUUAGAUUCAUAUGCGAAGUGUGGAGAGAUGAAUAGUGCUAGGAGGUUGUUUGAAGAAAUGCAAGUUAGGGAUGUUCUUGCUUGGACAGCUUUGGUUUCAGGUUAUGCAAAAUGGGGGGAUAUGGAGUCAGCUAGAGAGUUAUUUAAUGAAAUGCCUGAGAAGAAUCCAGUUUCAUGGACAGCUUUGAUUGCGGGUUAUGCCAGAAAUGGUUUUGGGCGUGAUGCACUGGAAUUGUUUUCAAAGAUGAUAGUUCUUCACGUUAGACCUGAUCAAUUCACAUAUAGUAGUUGUCUUUGUGCUUGUUCCAGUAUAGCUUCACUUAGGCAGGGGAAGCAAAUACAUGGUUUUUUGAUACGAACAAAGUUUAAACCCAAUACAAUAGUUGUGAGUUCUCUGAUUGACAUGUAUUCAAAAUGUGGUUGUCUUGAAGUUGGCAGGCAGGUUUUCAAAUUUAUGGACGAUAAGAAAGAUCCUGUUUUGUGGAACACAAUGAUUUCUGCUUUAGCACAACACGGGCAUGGUGAAGAAGCAAUACAGAUGUUUGAUGACAUGUUUAGAUCAGGUUCAAAGCCAAACAAGACCACAUUGGUUGUCAUUCUCCAUGCAUGUAGCCAUUCAGGUUUAGUACACGAAGGACUUAAUUAUUUUGAGUCCAUGACUCGUGAUCAUGGCAUUGUUCCCAAUCAAGAACAUUAUGCUUGCUUAAUUGAUCUCUUGGGUCGAGCAGGAUGUUUUGACCUGUUGAUGAAUCAGCUUGAGAGGAUGCCGUGUAAACCUGAUGGUCGUGUGUGGAAUGCCAUAAUAGGUGUAUGUAGAAUCCACGGAAAUAUUGAGUGGGGACGAAAGGCAGCUGAACAACUUAUUGAGUUAGAACCUCAAUCUUCUGCUGCCUAUGUACUGCUUUCAAAUAUAUAUGCUGCUCUUGGGAGGUGGGAUUUGGUUGAGAAGGUAAGGCACCUUAUGGAUGAGAGACGGGUGAAGAAAGAGCAAGCAAGUAGUUGGAUAGAAAUUCAUAAUAAGGUACAUGCUUUCACCGCAUCAGAUAGGUUGCAUCCCUUGAAAGAUGUAAUAUACUCAGUUUUGGAACAGUUAGCUGGCCAUCUUGAAGAUGUUGCUCUAUCACUUGAUACAGAGAGGUAGAUGAUUGUCGUUUUAUUCUUUUCUUGUUUCAAUGGAGGCAGAGCUACGGGAACUAAUUUCUGCUCAAUCAUCCAUGACUUGUAACAUUUUUGUUUACAUUGUCCAGUGAUCCGGCAUUGUAGCGGCAAAGGCUAUAUGUUUUUAAGAUUCUAUACUAAUAAAUCUCCACAAUGAUACGAUUGAGUGAUUACUUCCAAAGUUUAGAUAGUUGACCUCAUGGAAGAGAAUAUAUUUGAUAUUGUAGUGUUUGUCAAACUGUUCGUUCAAUAAAGUUAGUGAAGUUUUUUCCCA